UUCCUCGCAAGCGCGCGCCCGGCUUUGCGCGUUCCUUUCCAUCCGCAAGCCCGAGGGUUAGCCUGUGUGUCCACGCUGAGCCGUUCCAUCAGAAAGAGAAAUGCCGACAAAAGUCAUCUUUGAGAGUGAAGAUCAAGUCAUGGAGGACGACGUGGACACUGUCGCGGAGGCUAAACCCAUCAAGAAGACCAAAGAGGGCAAGAAGCUGAAGAAGAAGCAGCAGUUGGAGGACCAGGAAGAGCAGGACGACCUCGACUGUGAACCUCCAGCACCAAAGAAGAAAAAGAAAAAAGACAAGUUGGACCAAUCGAUCGGACACGUAGUUGAAGACACAGGAAUGAACGGCAACUGUGAUGAUGAUGAAACACCAAAAAAGAUUAAGAAAAAAAAAAACCCUGAAGAAAGCACAGAGAAAAAAGAAAAGAAGCAUAAGAAAGCAGAGGCAGUAACCAACGGACAUUCCUCCCCCAACACCCCCGUCCAGACGCCCAUCCCGACACCGGCCCAUUCCAGCGACGAGUCAGCCAGCGACAGCGAGAAAGACACGGGGUUGACACCGGAGCAGAAGGCAGGCGCCUUCUCCAACUUCAGGAUCUCCCAAGUGACCAUUGAUAAACUAAAAGCUCGGGGUGUCACCUACCUGUUUGACAUUCAAUCAAAGACAUUUGAUUCUGUCUUUGAUGGAGAGGACGUAAUUGCCCAAGCCCGAACAGGAACAGGAAAGACUUUCUCGUUUGCCGUCCCUUUGGUGGAGAAGCUCCAGAGAGACCCAGUGGAUUCUGCCAGAGGCCGGGCUCCCAAGGUCCUGGUGUUAACUCCAACCAGAGAGCUCGCUAUCCAGGUUGCUAAGGACUUCAAAGACGUCACCAAGAGACUUUCUCUCACCUGUUUCUAUGGAGGCAGCUCGUACAAUCCACAGAUUGAAGCAAUACGUAAUGGUAUCGAUAUUUUGAUUGGCACCCCUGGUCGCAUCAAAGACCAUCUCCAGAACCAAAAACUGGACCUCUCCAAACUGAAACACGUUGUUCUCGAUGAAGUGGACCAGAUGUUGGACAUGGGUUUUACUGAACAGGUUGAAGAAAUUUUGUCUUCAUCAUAUGAGAAAGACUCCCCCUCCAACCCCCAGACUCUUCUCUUUUCGGCCACCUGCCCCGCCUGGGUAUACCAGGUUGCCAAGAAAUACAUGAGACCAGAAUGCAAACAUGUGGAUCUGAUCGGCAAGAGCACACAGAAAGCCGCCACAACUGUAGAGCAUCUGGCCAUAGCGUGCCACUGGUCUCAGCGAGCAGCCGUGAUCGCUGAUGUGAUCCAGGUUUACAGCGGCACCCAUGGCAAAACCAUCUUGUUCUGUGAGACAAAGAAAGAUGCCAACGAAUACUCCUUAGAUGCAUCCAUCAAACAGAGUUGCCAGGCCCUCCACGGGGAUAUUCCUCAGAAACAGAGGGAGAUCACGCUGAAGGGGUUCAGAAAUGGCGUUUUUGAGGUUCUGGUUGCUACCAAUGUUGCAGCCCGUGGAUUGGAUAUCCCUGAAAUCGACCUGGUGAUCCAGUGUUCUCCACCCAAGGAUGUGGAGUCGUACAUCCACCGUUCAGGACGUACGGGCCGAGCGGGCAUGACCGGAGUCUGCAUCUGUUUCUACCAGAGGAAAGAGGAGGACCAGCUGCGCUACGUGGAAAACAAAGCAGGUAUCACAUUCAAAAGAGUCGGCGUUCCCACUGCCAACGAUAUCAUCAAGUCAUCAAGCAAGGAUGCCGUCAAGCUUCUGGACUCGGUCCCAGUUACAGCCAUCGGGUACUUCAAAGCGUCGGCGGAGAAGCUGAUCGAGGAGAGAGGAGCCGUCGAUGCGCUAGCUGCUGCUCUGGCUCACAUUUCUGGAGCCACAAAUCUAGAGCAGCGGUCACUGCUAAACUCUGAUGCCGGUUUCGCCACUAUGCAGAUGGUUUGUUCUCAGGAGAUGCAUAAUCUCGGUUACGCCUGGAAAAGCAUCAAAGAACAGCUUGGGGAAAAUUUCGAGCAACACGUACGAGGAAUGACCUUCCUCAAAGGCAAAUUGGGAGUUUGUUUUGAUAUCCCAGCUGACAAAGUCAAGGAGAUGCAGGAUGGCUGGAAAGAUGGUCGUCGUUGGCAACUGACUAUAGCCGUAGAGCUCCCAGAUUUGGAGGAGAAGCAGAUGAAUAACCGUGGCGAUAGAGGGUACGGCGGCGGUAACCGAGGAGGAGGAGGAGGCUUUAGAGGCGGAAGGGGGCGGGGCUUCGGGGGAGGCGGCGGCGGCGGCCGAGGUGGUGGAUUCAGGAGCGGCGGCGGUGGGGGCUUUAGCAGCGCCAGAGGAACACACAAACGUGACUUCAGUGAUGCUUUUGAUUAUUGAAAAGCCAACCUGCGGACUGAUAAGACUGACUGUCACUCACAUGGGCUGGCAGGGGUUUUUAUUGGCUGUCAGUGAGGAGGAUCAAUGACUCCAUCACUACACAAGCUGAAUUGUAAGCUCUCAAAUACUCACUACUCUCAUAAUACAGUACAUUAAAUUACCAAUUUCCCCUAAAGUCAACGUUGCACAUUUUCCUAUGUUUAUGUAGCCAUUUCUUACUGGUUUAAAAUCAGACUUUUUGGAUACAGUAUAUUGACAGCAGAAAACCCUUAGCAGAUCAAUUACAUGAGACAUAGGAGAUAUACGAGUAUAUUUAAAGGUUGCAAAUAAGCUCCAUGCACAGUGCUGCUUUGGAUGACACCUGCUGUAGGUCAUGACAUUUGUGAAGUUUUUACUUGAUGUAUCAGAUAAUUCACUUGAUAUGUCUUGAAUGUCAUAGAUUGAAUCAUUACCUAAUCCACCUAUAAUAAAAGUGUGACUUUUUGUACUGGGUGUUUGGGUAACGGUGGCAGCAAUCAGAUUUAAGCCUUUGUCCAAAAUAUAAGGCACCUUAUUAUGACCUAAGAACGUGUAUUCUUGUGAUUCUUGUUACAUGACUACACUAAAUCGCUCUGUUAAUGUAAUAUCAUGAAGGUGUAGUCCUGCAGACAGUUUCUGCUCUGCACCCUCAGAGUAAAGUGACAAAAUGGGUGUUAACCUUUACAGUUGUACUCGGUGUUGGAUUGCUGCCUUACCCUCGGCUGAAACCUCUUUCCCAAAAGAGGUGUUGGAUGAUUGCUUUGCAAUUGCCUCUGUGUCUACGGCUUCCAUUCAUUUGAAUGAAAUUAUAUUCAUUAAAAAAAGGUCAACUCA